AUCAGCUUCAGUGGCAUCUUCUCCCCACUCCUCUCUUCAGGACGUUUUAUUCCUCCUCCCACCUCCUCCACCUCGAGCCUCCCCUCGUCCCGCCUCUCAUGGCGUGUCUUGCUCGCGUGCUGCUGCUGGCAGCGCUGGCGGUGGGGCUGCUGGCGGCGUCGGUGAGUGGAGCGAGGGACAUAGUCCCAAGGGCGGCAGGCAAGGGCGUGGGCGGGCAGCAGAGGAAGGGCGGUCGCAUUCUGGCCGCUGAGACCUUCUCUCACCACGACACACUGCCGGACUACCUCUCCCACAUCCCUCGCCGCAAGGCCCUCGCCACCACGUGUGGGGGGUCGACGGUGACGGUGCGGUCGCAGUACCUGGGGCCGUUCGACCUGCACAGCUACAUUUUCAACAUGACGUUCUACAACGGGUGCGCGUACAACGUCACCAGCCCGCUGGUCGUGUUUAACUGCUUCGAGUUUGGCACCCUGUGGGACGGCUUCCUGGAGAACCCCGCGCCCAACCCCACGCAGUACCAGACAGGCCCCAUCUUCGGGCAAACCCUGCCGGGGUACUGCGAGAUGUGGAUGAACCGCGGGGCCGCUGGCAAUGUGCAGAUGUUCCCCGGGGAGACGGUGAACAUUCUGUAUGCGUGGGCGUAUGACUUCCGCCCCUGCAUUGAGGAGCUUCACUUCAGCAACAGCAACAGCUACAUCAGGGGCAACAACACCUGCGUCCCUGCUGCCACCAUCUAGAGCUUCCAUGCAAAUUGGUGCUGACUGUGCUGCUGAUUCUGCAUCUGAGUUGCAUCUGUUAGUGUUCCUGGUGGCCUUUCAGUGGCUGCUUGCUUCCUCUGUAGCAGGCUUGAGUUCUGGAAGGAUGGGAUGAGAUGAGAGGUUUGAAGGGCAGAUUUUGGAAUGGGGGAGGGAGAUUUGGGUAAUGGUAAUAAAGUAUGAAAGAGGCAGGAUAUUUCAUGUAACCUGCACAUGGAUAAAGUCAAAUUUAUUAUGACCCCACAAUCAUGUUAGCC